UAACAUUUGACAGUAACGUUCGAGUAUGUCGAUUGCUAAAAGUGUCGUCAUGGUAACAUAUGAAACUUUCAUAUGCAUCGAAAAAAACGCCACUUUCAACGCGACAUUGCAAGCAGUGAGAUACGGAGAUAAAAAUGGAGUCAGCAAGUGAAAAUCAAGAAAUUCCAAUGCUGUUGCUGAUCGACACAAUUAACCAGAUGAUUACCGACGAGCAGGCCGCAGGGCACAUGAAUACCGGCGACAAAAUUUAUGUGUUCGUCCAAACCUCGGAGGAGUUAUCUAGGACGUUGGGAAAAACUAUCACCUUUCACCAAGUAAUCGACAGUUACAACCGUUACCGGGAGAAGUUUGACGCGGUGAACGCGAAGGUUAAAUACCUUAAGAAAGGUGCGAGCCAAUUGACUUUAGACGAGAUUCGGAUUUACAAAAUAUUCAAGAAAACUAAAUACUAUUUAUGAGGCAAAGAUAUAUUUUUGAUUGUAUAAUUCUAUUUGAUUAUUAUAAAGUAUGAUUUUGAAUAAAAUAAAUUAAACUUUUGCAGGGAAACCGGCGCACGAGGCACUUCUCUACUUCUUGGUGCUUCAAUGGUGAUUUUCUGAAUAUCAAUUAUUCGGUUUUGCAUCCCCUUUUUUGUUUCAUGAAGUAAAACGUCACAAUGAUUUAUAAAUAAAAUGUUUUCACGAAAGUGUGCGCAUCAGAACUUGAUUUUUUAGAGUCUGUAAAGCGGUUAGGUGCGUUGAUUUUGUUUUGUUGAUAAUGCGAGCCCACU